GGCUCGAUCUCCUCACACACAUUGUCCGUCUGUUCUUGCUUUGCAACUGACGGACGGCACACCGAGCUCGCUUCGCGACUGCAGCGCUACCGCCGGAGGUGUUCCCAGGAUGAUCCUCUCGGCUUUCCUGCUGCUCUUCUGCGCCGUCUUCACCUGGAAGGUGUUCCCCAAGAAACACGAAGCAGAAGGGCCACAUAGAGGAAGCAGAGGAACAGAGCAAGCUUACGACACCUUGGAUCAGGUCAAGGCGGCUCUUCAGCGGGUCGGGCUCGAGUCCUCCAACCUCAUCAUCGGCGUGGAUUUCACCAAGAGCAACGAGUGGACGGGGAAGCACUGCUUCGGCGGUAGAAGUCUGCACCACCUCGACCUCGGCGCCUCCUCCCUGAACCCCUACGAGCAAGCCAUCGGCAUCGUCGGGGACAGGCUUUCGGCUUUCGACGAAGACAACAAGAUCCCCUGCUUCGGGUUCGGGGACAUGUCGACGCACGACCAGGACGUGUUCAGCUUCUACAGGGAUGGGAGGGCGUGCCUUGGCAUCCAGGAGGUCCUUCAGAGAUACAGAGAGAUCGCUGCAGGCGUGCGGCUAUCUGGCCCGACGUCUUUGGCUCCGAUUAUUGAAGCUGCAAUGGGGAUUGUUGAAGAGUCUAGGCAUCAGUACCACAUCCUGCUGAUAAUCACUGACGGGCAGGUUCCAAGAUGUUCCUGUGCACAUUGUGCGAGCAACCUGGAAGAAUCAAGAUCAGAGAACUACAUAGAGGAAAGGACGCUUCAAGCCCUCAUAAAUGCCAGUCAUUUCCCUCUAUCCAUUGUCCUUGUCGGGGUAGGUGAUGGGCCAUGGGAUGACGAUCUGAUGCAAAUCCAUGACAUCCAACUCCAGUUCGAUAAUUUCCAGUUUGUGGAUUUCACCAAGAUAAUGUCGGCAGAGAUGUCGCACGCCGAGAAGGAGGAGCAGUUCACAUUUGAGGCACUGAAGAAGAUCCCGGGGCAGUUCGCGGCAAUAAUCAGCCAGCGGAUCAGGGAGCUCGCUGCGAGGGCGCCUGCAAGGAGGCCUCUUCCUCCUCCCUGAUCCGGCCACUGAUUGUCGCGUGGAUAUGACAUGAUCACAGUGGAGGCCAAGAAUAGAGAUGGUUCAGAGGCAUCUGGUCACCUUGAACAAAUCAGAUUAACCUUACCUUGGACAACCUUUUAGUGUCCUAUUGUUUAUAGUAACAUUUGAGUCCGUCAGGCCUCUCUGAACCCCCUUACAGUCAGUGGAGGCCCUCUACACUCUUCCUUGUAGCAAAAUGGAAUAUUUAAAUUUAUUUAUUAGUUUGGUUUUUUA